AUGUUGAACGAGUCAGAGUAUCCCGCGUGUGUGUUUGUUCAUAUGAUAGGCGAUGUUGAAACGCAGAGGAAUCUCAAAGUCGGAUUGGAUGCAAACAUGAGUGCUUCUCCAGCCGUACAAUCGAACAACAUCACUUCCUUUGCCCACAGACAUCCUGAAGCCAACUCCACCAACCUUGAAGACUCGGUCCGCGUCACGCGCCGUCCCAAGCAGCUCGAUGACACGAACAAGAAGAAUUGGAAAUAUUUGAUAGCAGGAGGUGUAGGUGGAAUGACCGGGGCUGUGCUGACAUGCCCGAUGGAAGUCAUGAAGACUCAGCUGCAGUCGAAAGGGUAUCACCAAUACGGAAUCACUACAAUUGCGUCGCGCACCCUCCAGAGCGAAGGGCUGUUCGGCUUCUGGAAGGGGAUCGGGCCCAUGCUGGUGGCUGUCGUUCCAGCGCGAGGGGUCUACUUCUGGACGUACAACAGCACCAAGGGCUCUCUGCUCAGCCGAGGGCACGCCGACGAGGCCCCUGUACACCUUGCCUCGGCCGUCGUGGCUGGGGGCUUGUCGGCCACGAUCAUCAACCCUGUCUGGGUUGUGAAGACCCGGUUGCAGCUCCAGAGCAGGGACUUGAACUCCAACAGCCGGUAUGCUGGCGUGCAGUACAAGGGCUCCCUUCAUGCUGUCCGUCAGAUCUUGCGGGAGGAAGGAGCCCGGGGCUUCUUCAAAGGGUUGGUGCCGAGUUAUUGGGGAAUCUCCGAGAGCGCGCUGCACUUUGUUCUGUACGAGUACUUGAAGAACACGAUCCACUUCCGGAAGCAAGGCAUGUCGGAGGAGUCUUCUAAGAAGCUGUCGAACCUCGAGUACCUGUCGACGGCAGCGAUCGCCAAAUUCGCGGCUUCGGUGUCAACUUACCCCCAUGAGGUUAUCCGAACUCGCAUGAGGGAGAGAGGAGCGAGCGAGAUCUACAAAUCUUCCAUCCACUGUGUUAGGAAGAUCUGGAUAGAGGAGGGAAUGAGGGGAUUGUAUGGAGGGCUCUUCAUGCACUUGCUCCGCGUCGUUCCUAACACUGCCAUCCUCUUCUUCACCUACGAGAAAGUUUCGGCGUGGCUGUCGUAA